AUGAAGUCUAGGGUCUCAAGAGGAGAAUUUAAACGUCCGGCUAUUGAAGCACGACAAGAGGCACGUCAGUUAAAAUUUAGAUUUAAGAAAGCAGAUGACCUCUCACUCGCUGAUUAUCUCGUCCAGAAGACGUCUCUCUUGCGAGCUGCCGGCACGGCGGACGAAGAGACCCUGAAAAGUGAACUAUGGGAAGGCCUUGACAACAACCUUGCCUACCUCGUUCAACCAAUGGAGAACGAGACGCUCGAAGCCUUCAAACGCCGCCUGCGUAUCUAG